UUUCGGGGAGUCAAUUUGGUUGUGCUGCGGGUCUUAGGUUGUGUUGGAGAGUCUGUCUGUAUGGGUUUCGUCGUGAUUCUUUAGGACGAAGUUUUCCAAUUGGCUCUAUCCCAGGCUUCGAUGACCCCUGUUUGUGCUUGCGCUCAUGGUCCCAGACCUUCUAGUGUUGCCGAUGUAGAUUCCGCAUGUCAUAGAGAUGGAAUAUUUGUAAGGAAAUACACCUCAACUGUGCUGAUUCAGAUGGGUAUAGACCUUCUCAGAAUUCAACGAAUUAGUUGCGGAGUGGAAGAUGUGUUGCAGUUUCGUGCAUGUGGCUAUGGGGUCAAUGCUUUAGAGGCUGUAGCAGCUUAGUUAGGUCUUGUAAUGCAACUAUAUGGACAUGGAAUGGUUUUUGGCAAUACCCACAGGAGAGAACUGCGUACUCUAUGCGUUAAAUUCAGGUUAGCAGGCUUUGACUGCAAGUGGACGCGCAACAAGCUCGAGCUUAUCAGUCUUGAAGUAUCUAGACCAUGCGAAUGCGUACAUGUGACGUGGUUAUUGAAGUUGCUCAUUUCCUCGAAUCGGAGGGCUCAUGGACCUGGAAGAAGAGUUUAGAUUAGAGUCCGCAGGAAGGUUUCCUACAGACAUUGGGAAUCAGAGGCAAAGUGAGAUAGCUGCAGAUUAUUUUUUGGCAAGGGAAGGUGUUGUAGUUUAGGGAAGGAAUCAAGUGUUGGCUGCUGAAAGUUCCGUCGGAACGAGCAUCCCAUUUCUUGGGGUGAGUAUCUGUUUGUCUUUGCAGAAUGCAAUGCAGCUCCUGACAUGAAGCGAAGGAAUUGCAAUGAAUCCCACCUUCUGGAACAGCUGCAUUGCUAUAAGCUUUGUACUAGUUGAGUCCGGAAACUUGGAUAGGACUUGGGGUGCUGUCACGGGUAGCAAGUAUUCAGUAAACAUUGGAUCUCGGGCGUCAGGGUAGCUACUACAGGGAAUGGGUUUAUUUGAAGGUCGUGUUUGAGGAGGCAAUGUCAGUAGCGCUUGGGCCUUCACAAUCAGUGUCAUCAGUCUGACGGCAUUCACUGAUUGCUUCAAGGGUGUAUUUGAGGAUUCGAUUGCAUAGCGGUGGAAAAGCUUGAGAUGCCAGUGAUUAUCAUCUUUUAGGGUUUGGAAAUUGAUGGAACAGGUUCGGGUCAUUGUCGUGCAUCCUUUUCAGUGAUUGAACUGGUUAGCCGCGUUUGUGCACAUUCAUAGUUCAUCUCAUAUCCACCGGGAAAGCCUUGGAGCAGUGCAUAUUGUAAAAAUGGUGUCAAGGAUCAUGUGUGGUUAUGGCAUGAGUGGGAUGGCGAGAUAAUUUUGGAGAGGAGUAUGAGGUAUAUGAUCAAGUAUUCUGCAGGGACUUGCGAUCAAACCUCGGAGGCAACAGUGUGGAAAACUUGAGAAUGAGACGUUGGGCGAUAGUAGUUGUCGCAGUGCUGUAUCCCGUUGAUCAAUUCUGAGUCGGAUUGAAGGCAGGCAGAGGUGGCAACACCACUUGCCAGGGAUGGACAACAUCGGGAUGGCAGCCGAGUGUGAGGCAACUGAGGCUGAAGCACCAUCUGAAGUGCACCGUAGUGACACUGAACUCAAGCUAGUGAAUUUCAAGGUGGAGCCGGCAGAGUCAGAUUUGAAGAUUAGAAAUGAGAACGAGGCUUUGGCUGUAAGUCCUUCUGUGAGCGCCAACCCAACUGUAAGCAAUCUGUUGCCUGCACGUGCAAGGACCGCCGUGUGGAGGCAGAAAGUUCACUCGGGGGUUGGUGCCUCAGUGUUAGUUGGUCAAAGGAUCUUGGAAUUUCCGAGCCCGGCAAUGGCCACUCAGAUUGCUCCUGGACAGAGGGUGUCCCACGAGGGCUCUAGACCAGAAUCCAGCUCUACCCUCCCCGUGGCGUGUCGGUCGCUACCUCCUGCCUCAGAUCUGAUGGUUUUCACACCUAAUCUUCUGACUCCAGCUCCAGGUAUUCGGUUACCAUCUCCCGGCCUGUCACCCUUACCGGUGAGCCUGUCUCUUUAUUCACAAGGUUUGCCAUCGAUUCUAGCCACGCAUCGGCUGAUUCCGGCUGUUCCGUCUAAUCCGACUCCCGCUCCUGGAUGUCCAGUCCCUCUAACUCCGACAAACUCAUCUCGAGUUCCAGCUCGAUCCCCUGAAAGUAAUGGGAAGGACAUAAAAGCGCGUUCUGGUCAUUUGUGUCAUUCGUCUACGCAGAGCUGCUCUCAGUAUUGCCUACAGGGAUACAAGUUCUGUCUGUGGCACAUCCUGGAGGAUCCUUCUGCACCAUACAAGCAGUGCGACUUCGUUGAAUAUCCUAGCCGAGAGCGCUGCCUUUUCCCCGUGUCUUUGAAUUCAGAGAACACCAGGUUCUGUCAAAUGCACAAGCAAGUCAAGGGAUUUAGCAUUAAUCCUGUUACACUUAAAAACCAGCAAUCUAUGGAGCAUCCUCCUCUUGGAGAAUUCUCAGUGCUGGUACUGGCAGCUGCAGUUGCACACCAGAUGGAGAUCGUGGCCCCUCCAAAGCUUUGGACUUCACUUGUCGUCAAUCAGCUGCCUGUGGUUGUAUCAUCUAACACAGUGCCUGCGAAGGAGGAGUUGGGGACACCUUUCUUUCAAAGAUCCACAAGUGGAAAGAAGACAGCUGCAUUGGUGCAGGGUGAUCCGAAACCUGUGGAGCCUGUGCCGCACACCAUUUCCAAACCAGCCUCAAGAAGAAAGCAAGGAGGUUUACAUAUAAAAGAGGAUGGAAAAGGUUUUGGGAGCACAUCAGGACCCAGCACCAAUGUCUGCUUGGAAUGCAAUUUAGACAAUGCCAAUUGCAGGGCGACGGGUUGUGGAUUUGAAGAUGCCACCUUGGGAAGUAACACGCAGUUGAAGAUUGGAUCUAGUUCCACUAAGGUUGCCAGUGAGUUGGAGACCUUCCGUGCCCAGUUAGGGGACCGGCUAAGCAGCCACGGCAUCUCCCUUCCGUAUACGAUGUCUAGCAGUGGAGGGAAGGCAGGCAUAGAUCAUGGAUCUGGCGCAGGUUGUAGAAGUUCGCAUCGCAGCGGAAGCCCACACGACAAGCUGAUUCGUCCAAACACUACAGGGCAGGUUUUUAGCAACGGAGGGCCUACAAAGCGGCGAGCACAUGGUGCCCCAAGUGUUACUUGCUUGGUGGAUAUUGGACCCAUAGAACUUAACAAGGUAGGUUUGAUGUGUAGUCCGCAGUACCUUCCUGGUAUGCUACUAGGAAAAAGGUCAUACGAACAGCUAAAUAUUCUGCCCACUAUCGACUUUGGAGGAUUGGACAUGGCCACGAUGGGGGUGCGCUGCGGACCUCGAGAACCUCGUGCUAUUCCUGGUCUGGCUAUCAAACGCAAGUCUAAGGUUCAGACCCCAAGAGACAGUUCUUCCUUGGGUAGAGGCCAGGGUCGACGAGUAUUCUUCUCGCGUUUCGUUGGUGUGAGAAAGCGUCCAUGGGGAGCCUAUGGGGCUGAGAUUCGUACACCAGAGGGUAAGCGAUUGUGGCUAGGUACGUUCACUACGGAGGAAGCUGCCGCUCGGGCAUAUGACGAUGCAGCGAGGAUUUUCAGGGGGAAGAGUGCAGUGACCAAUUUCGUGCAAGGUUCUGAGUUUGACUUCGGGAUGAGUUCUCCGUUUGCUCUGGGUUCGUCAUCAACUUCAAAUGAAGAAGAGAAUGUGAGCGAUGGCCUCGGAGCGAAAAAGCGUUCAGCAUCGAACUUGAAGAAGAACGACGAAGAGUCAGAAGUGGUACCACUUGGGAUUGCCCAGUCGAACCCUGCCAAUGCAGACGGCAUCGGUAUGAAGAACAAGAUGGAUUCUUUUGGAAGUUUCAUUGAGACGAUAAACUUGUUAGGUGGUUUUGAAACAAAUGGUAAAGGGAGUGUGAAAGCACUGGUCCCUACAUCUGAGGGUUCUGAUCGUACGCCAAGUGUACAUUUGAAACUCACGGGUGGUCUACAAAAGGAAUGUUCUAGUCGUAAAACUUCUGACGAAGCAACAGAUCAGGGAGGCAGUGUCAAGAAGGAUAAGGGGUUUGGUCGGUUCAGCUGGUCAGAGAAACGGUUAGAUGAAGACACUUCAGGACCAGAUCGGCUGCUACUGCUGAGCAAUUUCGCGAUCAGUCAGGAAGGAAUGGAAAUGGAGGAAAAACUUGAUUCUAGCAAGAAUCAAACAAAGGAGCAUGGAGCAGGUGCAGCGACACUUGUUUCCAAAACAGAUUCCGGCGGCUCGGAUGAAGAGUCGGCUGGCCCAUCAGUUGCGGAGCCGGGAUUAGACAUGGCUUCAAGCUUGCGAGUGAAAAUGGAAGAGGACCCAGGGGAUAGAGGGAAGUCCGCGGAGACAUCUAUUUUUGCAGAACUGAACGAAGAGGAGGAACAGCAGCUGUUGGAGAUUGGGAACGGUGAUCCAGAGUUUCGAUUAGUAGGCGUGCGCAAGUCCCAGUCAGGAAGAUUCGAAGCCACAAUAUAUGACCGCUCGAUGAGGAAGAAAGUGUAUGUAGGAAUGUAUAGUUCUAUGCUGGAGGCCGCUCGUGCACGUGAUCAGAAAGCUCUAGAAUUGGGGUCCAUGUCUACUCUCAACUUUCCCGAUAUGAGAGCUUUACAGGCAAGUAGGAAUCUGAAGGUAAAUGUAGAAGGUAAUAAGAAGAAGCCGAUGGCUCAAGAUAUUGCCCAGUCAUUUAAGAAGAUACGGCUGGCUUCGCACAAUAAGUCGGUUACAGAUACAAGCAAAGUAUCGAAACGGAAGGUGCCAGAUAGUGAGGAGAACUGUGAGGCCAGUGAAGUGAAAUCUUCGAAAUGCAAACCUCUUAAGCCAAGCUUGGAGUCUGAAGAGUGUAAGCCUUGUGACGGGAGUAAAACAAUGGAGUCGGAUUGCAAUGAUGUGGCCAAAGCUCCAAACAAGAAAUCUGGUACAGCGAAAGCACCAAGAAGUAGCGUGAGUUUAGGGCAUGAAAAGUUGGGGAGUGAAGCUUCCGAAACAGCGCCUCGUAGGGUGAAGCGUAAGUCCGAGGAGUUCCAGAAAUCAGAAAUGUUGACAGAGAAAGAGCUUCUGAAAACUAAGAAACAGAAAGCGGAGGAAGCAGAAGAAAUAAAUACCACGGUGAAGAGGCGACGUGUACCUAGUGCAAAGGGCAAGGCGAAUUGUGGAACAUCUGACAAGGAGCCAGCUUCUGUGACAAAAGAGGUUACGAAGGGCAACGUUACCAGCAAACAGGAAUUCGGAGUUGUUGGUCAAGGAAAUCAACCAGCUCAGCGAGCUCCACGAAAGAGUAACAUGUACAGAAGCUUCGCGGAUAGCUUUGUGGAAUCUGACUACGCCCGAGUGUACAAGACAACUUCUAAGCGAAGGGCCAUGUUAGAUAAGGACGGGAGAAAGUCAGACAGCCCUUCUACGAUUCCCAGCGCAGAGAAAGGUCCAGCUCCUUCACCGAAACAAACACUUCCCAUUCCGCCAAAAUCGCGGAGGGAGAGCAAGCCCCAAAGAGAGGAGGGUGAAGCAAAGGGGAAAGAUGGGGAGGAGAGAAGUGGUCAAGGAAGCAAGAAGCCUCCGCUCUCGAAAUCAAAACGUGUCUCUGUAGCUGAUGAAGAUGAGCAGCCUGCUUCACGAUCUCGAUCAGCGGGUAAAAACUCCGCAAAAUCUUCUGGGAAGCGGAGGGCUCAGCGCAACUUUAUGGGAGUGCAAGCAACCCCAAGCGGGCGGUUCAAGGCGAAGAUUUAUGUUCCCAAAACAAAGAAGCAUAUAUACAUAGGCAUAUACGACACACCUGAAGAAGCAGCUCAUGCUUACGAUGAAGUAGCGUACCGGAAGCGUGGUGCGACAGCCCCCCUGAACUUCCCAGAAGCGUUUCAUGCAAAAAUUAAAGCCAAACAACCGAUCAAAAAAUUUCUAAUCCAGCUGACGGAUGCUGGAGAUUUUGAGGCGAUGUGCUAUGAUCCCAAAGUGAAAGAUUACCAUUCUGUGGGCGUGUUCAGUUCAGUUGAUGCUGCCCGUCGAGCGGGUGCUCGUGAAUCAGCCACUAUGGAUUGCAGCAACUCUGAUUCAUCUGGUAAGGAUGACGGGGAUAAAGACGGGGACGGUGAGCUAUGCAGUACGAAGAACGACAGUGUCUUGGAUAGCAAGCCCAUGAAAGGAAAGCGCACCAAGCUUGGAUGUGCGGGAAACGCGGGUUCUCCUGCUGCUGGAAAUGUUGAAGAAGGUGGAUCGGAUGAGGAUGACAUUUUUGUUGAGGAACAGUCCCAGAAAGAGUCGGUGAGACUCAUGCGAUCUAAGAAAGGGAGUUUUGCACGGGCAUCUUCAAACAAGUUAAUUCGGCGAGGAAAUAUGACACGGCGGGCGGACUUCAGAGGCGUGUAUUGUAAUGGUCACAAGUUCCAGUCGAUAUAUUACAAUCCUGCUACCAAGAAGCACACUUACCUGGGGACUUUUUUGACUGCGGAAGAGGCCGCUCGUGCUCAUGAUCAGGUGGUCGCCUUUGGACAGUUUGGGGGGGAAGCGAAGUUGAACUUGCCUGAAGAAAUUGAGACAUUGAAGAGAACUGUAAAUGUGGUGGGUAGUAAUGCAGUCUUGAUCAAUAGCACCAAAGCAAAUGAAUCAGAAGAGGAUGAUGACGAGGAUGAGGGAGCAGAUUCACGUUCUUCUAGUCCGGUUGCUGGUAUUAAUGAGAUGCAAAAUGCAGAGGCUCCAGUAGAUAUCCUUAAAGCUGAGGUUCUUGAGGAUGAACAUGAAGAGCCAAGUUUACUUUUUAAUCAAAAUCCCUUAAGCCCUUGUGCUAAGGCAAGCGAGUUUGUCGGAGAUCUGAGCAAGUCGAAUUCGUUCAAGGGCAAUUUUUUGGACAUUGUUUUGAAGGACAAUAAUGACGAGGAUCUGUGCAAUGCUACAGCUGAUCGUGUUCGUGAUGCGAAGUCCUCCCAGAAGCCCAAUGCGAGUGGUAAGUCGAAUUCUGCUGAGUGUGGUCUAGGUACAGAGGAUUCGAAGGUUAGAGAGCGGGGGCACCGGGAUAAGGAAGAGACAGAUGAAUUGCGAUUAGGAGCCGACGUGGAAGAGAAGACGGGAAGGCGAGUCUCCCGUCGCAAGAAGUAUCGUGUAAGUCGCGUUGGGACGGCAUGCAGUGCUCUUGAGGAAGUUGUAAGGCUUUCGUUGGAGAAAAGUAAAGUUGCUGAACAACAGGAAGAAAAGGAUGAGUGGGUAGGGGAGCAUGGUUUUCGUGGGGGCCAGAGCGGGACCUCGGUGGAGGAAGAUAAGAAGUUAAGAGACAGCUCAAGUCAGAAAAUGCAACCAAGAGCUCGUGGGGAUACUCCCCCACUGAGUCAAUCUGUUGGAGAAGGUAGUUCCGUGUCAGUGCCUCGGAAGAGCAAGAAUGAAGUGGAAGGGGAAUCAGGGCCAGCUAUGCCUUUGUUUGAUGUGUUGGCUGGGGAAUUUUUGAAGGCGAGUGUUGUAUUGGAAACGGCUGAAGCUGACGUAAGUAAGGGUCGGCUUGAAAAGGAAAGCAAAACAUCCAUGUCUUGUAAAAGUGUGGUGGAUGCUAUGAAUGAAUGAAAUUCCCAAGGACUAAGGUUGGCGCCUCGAAAUCCUUGGGAGGGAACCGGACAUCGAUGACGUUGUCUAAGAUCCUGGUGAUGAGCGGUCAGCGAUCGGAUGGCAUCGCAAGGCAUAACUCAUGUCGGAAGUGCAGGUCCACAAAAUUGUACAGUAAUUUGCGGCAGUUUCUACAACUGUGAUGGGACUUAUACUUUCCCUUCCAGCGAGAGAUGACAUUGUAAAGAUUCGUUUGAGUCAGGCCUUGGGGCUAAGGUUAGUCAGGUGCAUACGAAAGAAAGUUUUGAAGGAAUGUUAUAGAUCUCCCGCUUGAGCCGUUCUCUACGUGCUCGUUUGGGCAUUGCUGGGUUGUUGCCCUCUGUGAAUGUCGAUGGUUUAUUUAGAUCCUUCCUAUCGUGGUUUCUAGUGUAUAUGGACUUGUGCUUUCUUCAGCUUAAAUCUAAAGUCCUAGCUGAGGGAGAUGUGCAAGUACGAAUAUGCAUCUGUAGUGCCACUCUUUAAGUCAGUCGCAACUCGAUGCACAUGAAGCUCUGAAUCGUCUUUAUUUCCAAAAUUGGAGACUACUUUUGUGCCUUUCUAGUGGCAACUAAUAAGUCAUCAGAAGUUAACUGCCAAGCACAAGAAUUGGUGAAGGUUUGGUUGUGGAAGCUGUAAUGACUGGCUUCAACAUUAUUGUCGAUUUGAGCACGGGUUUGCAACAGCUCUUUGAAUUCUAAAUAUGAUUUGUGAUA